AUGUUUGAAGAAUCUAUAUACAACCUUAUCCCCAAAGAAUAUGUUAUUCCGCCUAAACCUUAAAAGUAUAGAUCUAAAUAUCCUCAUGACUUAUUUCCUACAGGUUCAACUUUAAUACAUCAUACAACAUCAAGACCUAAUGUUGCUAAUUUAAGUGGAGAUUACACUUUAGUAAAAGGACCUCAUUGUCAUAAAGAUAAUAAUAAAACAUUUGGAAGUGUAAAAGGAAAUAAUAAAUGUAACUCAACUGAAUUUUUGAAAAAAAAUAGUGGAUUAAUGGGAUCUAAUUAAUUACCUGAAAAAAAAAUAUUCAAAUAUUCUGAUUCAGAAAAUAGAAAAGAAUUUAUUCCUAAAAUAAAUGACAAACCGAUAAUGGGUUAAGUGUCUAAAAAAAACUAUAUUUUAAGUAAUGCAGCGGAAAUAAUAUUAAGC